AUAAAAUAUUAGGGUGAAUACAGCCUUAAAUAAAUUAAAUUAAAUGAGUUUAGGUUUCAAGUUAUACAAUACUAAUAAGAAUAAUGAAGUAAUAAAUAAAAGAAGAAAGUUAAGUAUUGGAAGUGAGGGAAGUGAAUCAACUGGAGAGAAAUUAAAUGAAAGUUUUAAUAGACUGACUUUAAGUUGUGGAAAUCCUUCAAGUUCAUUUCAACCAUACGUUAAGAUAGCAAUAACUCAAGUUUAAUAAUAAGAUAGAACAAUCACUCAACCAUAACUGAUGAUGGGAAUUUAAAAAUAUCUAAAAUUAGGAGAAGAAUUAGAUGUUUCAGAUAUCUUAACUAAACCCUUAAAUGAUCUUUAAUAAAUAUAAAACAAUAUAGCAUAAACUUAAUAAAGACUACCUUUUAUUCCUUUUGGAAUGCCUGCUAAUUAUGAAAAAUUAAUGGCUGAAGCCUAACAAGUUCUCAAAACUGAAAUAAAAGUAGAAGAACAGAGAUAAAAAAGAUAUAUGGAUGACUUUCUCAUUGAAUAAAAACUUUUAAAUCCAGGAUAAAAAUUAAAUAAAGAAGAAAGAGCGGCAAAAGUUGCUGCUUAUUUAGAAAAAAAACAUAAUAGAUAAUGGAAAUAAGUUAGGUAAAAAUAUUAAUUUAUUUAUUAUAGGUAUCCUAUCAGAAAAAAUCUAGCUGAAUAUCGAUCAAGAGAAUAAGGAAGAUUUACUAAAACAGAUAAACCUCGUUUCAAUUAAAGUUUAAUUAUGUUGGAUAAAGAAGAAAGAAAAAUGGAAACACUAACUAAUUCAUAUUCUUGA